AUGAGUAGUGAGAUUCUCAAUUUAUCUUAUGGACAGUACUCGAACAACACAACCACUCACUUGUACAACUUCCAAGAGUCACAGGUGCCUUAUACAAAAGACACCAAACUCAAUCAUAAUUUAUCAACCUUCUUGUAUAAAUCGGUAGCUAAUGGAUCAGGAUCAGCCAAUUAUUACCCACGAGCACUACUAUUUGACUUACGUGGGGGAUUGGGAGCAUUGAAUAAAUAUGAAUAUGCCGAACAAGUUCCUCAUUUGGACAUGCCAAUAUCCAAUCAACAGCUGGCCAACACCCAAUUACAGAAGAAUGAAUAUCAAAUUAGUUUAGACCAGGGCAAAACCGAUGGAUCGUUAUUAAACACGGGGAACACUAAAUAUUGGACUGAUUAUAACAAACUUAUAUACAAUCCAAAAUCGGUUAUCACUUUACCUUCGUUUCAACACGAAUACAACGAUUUGGGGUCAAAUUAUAAUUUACCAGCACAAAAAUUUGAUAUUUAUUCAACAGGUGUCGAAGAAUUCAAAACCAUUGAAGUUGAAUCAGUCGAAAACUUUCGAUACUGGUUAGAAAAAUGUGACUUUUUACAAGGAUUGCAAAUUGGCACUUCUUGGAAUGAUUCAUGGGGUGGGUUUACUACAUCAAUGAUUGAAGUUGUUCAAGAUGAGUUUUUCAACAACAAGGAAAACAUAUGGAUCUAUGGACAAGUAAAUCAGCAACUGCAGGCAGGUAAUCUUCCAAUAAUGCGCCGGGUUUCUCAAAUAAAGUCAUUUAUUGAACUUUAUAAAUCACUGAGUUUGUUCUUUCCUUUGUCUCCUGAUUACAAUUCAUCAAUGUUGUCAGACAUAGAUGCAAGUUCAGUAUGGCAUACUUCGUGCAUACCUGCCCUUUUUAUCAAUCUGAUUUGGGGGAUUAAUAAUCAGUAUAUUGAUCAAGUCAAUAUGUUGCAUAUGCAAGAGAAUUUGUUGCGUGGGGACGAAGCCAGGAAAAUUGUGAACGAGAUUAAAAUCGUUGGUGAGAAGGAUGAGACGGCGUUAGGAGACAUGAUGAUGGAUGUUGACUUGACUAAAGUUCAUGAUCUAUUGUCAGCUGUGGUGACGCAACAAUCACAAGAGCCGGAGAUAAAUUUGGGCAUAUCCAAGCCCACUGAAAAUGCACGAUAUAUAAAUAAAAACUGCAUUGUGGACAAUAAAGAUAAGCUAGAUGGAAAUGGCACCAGGGGGGGUGCUGAAGUAGAUGAGGUACCCACUAAUGUGUACAAGAACCCAUAUAUGUGCCAAAUGGCUGAAAUUGAUACGUUUCCAAACAUUUUGCAAAACAAGCAUGCAAAAUAUCAUGUUGAAUUUAACGUACACAAUGGUGUCAAGGAUCUCCUCAAACCUUAUCAAACAAUAAUUGAAAACUUGAGAUUAAAUCUAGAUGAUUUAAUUGAAGAUAAAGGAGAACUAGUCGAAGAUAUAAGCAACAUCAUUCUGAGUUAUUCGUCAGGGUUUGAAUCUGAUGACGAUGAUUACUAUGACUGA